AUGGAGAUAGGUAGUUUGAAGUCUCUUUCGGAUCUAGACUUGAGCGAAAAUCAAUUGACUGGUUUUAUUCCUCCUUCCAUUGGUAAUUUGAGCAACUUAAAAGUAUUGUAUCUAUACAGCAAUAACUUUUCUGGCUCUGUUCCUAUGGAGAUAGGUAACUUGAAGUCUCUUUUGGAUCUAGAGUUGAGCACAAAUCAAUUGAUUGGUUCUAUUCCUCCUUCUAUUGGGAAUUUGAGUAACUUAAAAGUAUUGUACCUUUUCGAGAACAACUUUUCUGGCUCUCUUCCUAUGGAGAUAGGUAACUUAAAGUCUCUUUCGGAUCUAGCGUUAUACACAAAUCAAUUGAAUGGUUCUGUUCCUCUUUCCAUUGUUAAUUUGAGCAAAUUAAAAGUAUUGUAUCUCUUCAAGAAUAACCUUUCUGGCUCUCUUCCUAUGGAGACAAGUAACUUGAAGUCUCUUUCGGAUCUAGCGUUAUACACAAAUCAAUUGAAUGGUUCUGUUCCUCCUUCCAUUGGUAAUUUGAGCAACUUAAAAGUAUUGUACCUCUUUGAGAACAACCUUUCUGGCUCUCUUCCUAUGGAGAUAGGUAACUUGAAGUCUCUUUCAGAUCUAGCGUUGUACACAAAUCAAUUGAAUGGUUCUAUUCCUCCUUCCAUUGGUAAUUUGAACAACUUAAAAAUAUUGUAUCUCAACAGCAAUAACUUUUCUGGCUCUGUUCCUGUGGAGAUAGGUAACUUGAAGUCUCUUUUGGAUCUAGGGUUGAGCACAAAUCAAUUGAUUGGCUCUAUUCCUCCUUCCAUUGGGAAUUUGAGCAACUUAAAAGUAUUGUACCUCUUCGUGAACAACUUUUCUGGCUCUAUUCCUAUGGAAAUAGGUAACUUGAAGUCUCUUUCGGAUCUAGUGUUGAGCACAAAUCAAUUGAUUGGUUCUAUUCCUCCUUCCAUUAGUAAUUUGAGCAACUUAAAAGUAUUAUACCUCUUCGAGAACAACCUUUCUGGCUCUAUUCCUAUGGAGAUAGGUAACUUGAAGUCUCUUUCAGAUCUAGCGUUAUACACAAAUCAAUUGAAUGGUUCUGUUCCUCCUUCCAUUGGUAAUUUGAGCAACUUAAAAGUAUUGUAUCUCUACGACAACCACCUUUCUGGCUCUAUUCCUAUGGAGAUGGGUACACUUCAUGAACUAUCAUUCUCAUUCUUUCCCAAUCUUGAAUACCUUGAUCUAAGCAUGAACGAACUCUUUGAUGCUAUCUCUCCUUCCAUUGGUAAUUCGGGUAACUUAAAAGUUUUGUACCUUUUCGAGAACAACCUUUCUGGCUAUGUUCCUAUGGAGAUAGGUAGCUUGAAGUCUCUUUCGGAUCUAGCAUUGAGCAUAAAUCAAUCGACUAGUUCUAUUACUCUUUCCAUUGAUAAUUUGAGUAACUUAAAAGUAUUGUAUCUCUAUAGUAAUAACUUUUCUGUCUCUGUUCCUAUGGAGAUAAGUAACUUGAAGUCUCUUUCGGAUCUGGAGUUGAGCAUAAAUCAAUUGACUGGUUCUAUUGCUCCUUCCAUUGGUAACUUGAAGUCUCUUUUUGGUCUAAACUUGAGCACAAAUCAAUUGACUGAUUCUAUUCCUCCUUCCAUUAGUAAUUUGAGCAACUUAAAAGUGUUGUACCUCUUCGAGAACGACAUUUUUGGCUUUAUUCCUAUGGAGAUAGGUGGGUUUGUUAUUGUAUUAACAUUUUUUCCAAAGAUGAACCCAUCAAGGUUUGCUGAAAAUAUAUCUGGGGUUUCAAAUUCAAGUAGUAAUAACCCGAAUUUGAGCUCCAAUUCGUCGUCAAUUUCGCGAUCAUCGAAUCUUUCGAGGCCGAGAUUGCAUAAGAUGAGAAAGCAAUUUAAUUCCGAGAGUUUUAAAGUGCCUGGGGCAUCAGGAUCCGGGUUUGGUUCCGGUUCCAACCCGUUUCCGGUGGGCACGAAUCGUUUUGGGUAUGAACCGGGUGGUGGUUCGAGCUCUAAUGUAUUUGUGUUUGGAACAAGGAAGAAUGAUUUGGGAAACAAUGUUGUCGAUGAAAUGAGGAAGCUGAAAAUUGGGAGUGAAAAAGAGGGUGUGAAUAAAACAAAUGAUGGGUUUGUGUUUGGUAGUAAUGCUAGUUCUGAUUAUAAGAGUGUUGGUUUUGAUGAAAUGGAGGUGGAGGUAGCUAUGAGGAAGUUGAAUAUCGAUAGCGCUGAGAAUGCUAAGAGUAGUGAAAAUGAUAAGGGUGAGUUUGUUUUUAAGAGUGGUAACAAUGUGGGUGGUUUAGGUGGGAAAGAUACGGAAUCCGGGCUUGAAAUUGAGUUACAGAAGAAACUUAGUGUUAAAGAGGGUGGGGAGGUUAACGGGAAGAAAUUUGUAUUCAGUAGUAGUAAAGAAAAAGAAAGGAGUUUUCCUUUUGCCGCAAAGGAACUUCAUGAUCAGAUGAAGAAUUUGAAUUUGAGUAGUAAGAAUGAAAUUGAUGCUAAGAUCAAUGAGAAUAUAAUAUCAAAUGAAAUGGGGAGGAAGUUGAAUAUUGGAAAUGAAACCAGUGAUUCUGCUGGUCCAACGGACAUGGGAAGAAUGACUUCUGGAAUCUUUGUGAAUGACAAGCAGGAUGGAAAUAUGGGUGAUAAUGAGUUCAACAAUUUGGGCAAAGCAGUUCCCACAGAAUUUACUUUUCAGGCAGCAAUGGAGGGUAAAGAUGCAAGGGGUGGUCACGUUUCUGUUGACCAACCGAAAGAUGAUGCAAGAGCGAGUGAAACCGGUUCAUCGUCAUCUUCAUUCUCAUCCAGUGGUGUGCAUUUUCUGUCAGUUGACAAUGCGUCUAAAGUGUUUGGAACGGAUAGACUCGACAAGAAGAAUGAGUUUAGCUUUACAAGCACACAAGAUGGUUUGGGAACACCCUUUGUGGAAUUUAAAACACCACUGCCAAAAGCGAACUUAUUCUCUGGUGUAGAUCGGACAUUGGAAUUUGGUGCAAAGAGGGAAUUCGUUAGGGACAUGAAAGCAAAGAAAAAGAGAGGAAAACUAAGGCAGCCUACCCCAGUCCAUCUGCGGCAUGGACAAAGUUUUGUUUCGAGGGAAAGUGUCUCCCAGGAGAACCCAGAGCCUUCGGAAUCUUAUUCUCCAAUGGAUAUUUCAACAUAUCAGGAAACAUUGGCUGACACUCUAUGUUCAAGAGAAACUUCUGUUGCUUCAGAUGAGUCUUUCAGUCUUGACAAUGAUGCUUCUACUGAUUCACGGCCAGCAGUCUCAGAUGUUUCAAUAGACAAAGACUUGCUUGUUGCAACGCAGCACAUGGAUAUAAACGAAGGGGAUGUGAGCAGCAGAGAAACGAAAGAGGAACAUUCUGAUAGAGGUGUUAGUGCCGUAGGUACUCCAGAAGAUUCUAUUUCUGGGGCUGAAACUGAAAGUUUUAAAUCAGCAAAUGAGGAGAUAGACUUCCACAUUGAUGGCUUUGUUAAGUCAGCUGAAACUGAAGCUAGUUCAAGCUCUAACAUUGAGAGAGAAGAUAGUGAUGGCCGGAUGCAAUUCAGUUUUCCGUCACGUCAAGAAGAGCAAAGCGGGUCUAACUUCACCUUUGCUGCUUCUUCUGCUGGUCAAAGUCACUUAUCAGCAUCAAGACGUCACCUUAAAAAGAAGAAUUUGAUUAAAAUUGGUCAUGAUUCAUUUAAUUCCACUUCCAAUGCUAAAAUUCCACAUGCAUCAACCUCUGCGCAGUUCUCUCCGUUCUCUGGAGCUUCACAGCUUUUGUCAGCUCGGCAGGGUGAGAAAGGAGACCAAUUUUCUCUUAGACUCAGAGUUGGACAUAAUUCCGAAGUGGUAAGAGGACAGGAAAUAAAGCAGGAGCCUAGUUUGUCUUCUGCUGCAACUAUUGCUGAUCAGGAAGCUUGUGAGAAGUGGCGAUUAAGGGGAAACCAAGCUUACACAAAUGGGCAUUUGUCCAAAGCUGAGGAUUGUUACACACAAGGGAUAAAUUGUGUAUCCAAAAGUGAGAAUUCUCGAAGUUGUCUUAGGGCACUGAUGUUGUGCUAUAGCAACCGUGCAGCAACACGCAUGUCUCUUGGAAGAAUGAGAGAUGCUCUUGAGGACUGCAUGUUGGCAGUUGCGAUAGAUCUGAAUUUCCUCAGAGUGCAAGUUAGAGCUGCAAAUUGUUACCUUGCCCUUGGCGAACUUGAAGAUGCAUCACUGUAUUUUAAAAAGUGUUUACUGUCCGGAAGUGAUAUCUGUGUGGACAGAAAAAUUGCUGUCGAGGCUUCUGAUGGCCUUCGAAAGGCACAGAAAGUGUCUGAAUGCAUGCAACGCUCUGCUGAACAUCUACAAAAUAAAACUUUAAAUGAUGCACAGAGUGCUUUGGCAGUCAUUGAUGAGGCUUUGUUAAUAAGCUAUUACUCAGAAAAGUUACUCGAAAUGAAAGCUGAGGCUCUUUUCAUGUUAAGGAAGUAUGAGGAGGUAAUUCAACUGUGUGAGCAGACCUUUGAUUCUGCUGAAAAGAAUUCUCCAACAUUCAAUGCCGAUUCCCAGUUAGCAAAUCUAGAUCGUUUUGAACCCUCAAAGGACUUUAGGCUUUGGCGCUGUCGUUUAAUUUUCAAAUCAUACUUUAAUCUAGGACGGCUGGAGGAGGCUGUUGCAUCACUUGAGAAACAAGAAAAACUGGGGAAUGGAGGAAAGCCUCUAGAAUCUUCAAUACCCAUAGUUGCCACUGUGCGUGAGCUCUUACGCCAUAAGGUUGCUGGGAAUGAAGCAUUCCAAGCAGGAAGGCAUUCAGAAGCCAUUGAACAUUAUACUGCUGCUUUGUCAUGCACUGUGGAGUCACAUCCUUUUGCAGCUAUUUGUUUCUGUAAUCGUGCUGCUGCAUACAAAGCGUUGGGCAAUAUUACUGAUGCUAUUGCAGAUUGCAGCCUAUCUAUAGCUCUUGAUGGGAAUUAUAUAAAGCAGCUCAGUGUAAGAAAGACGUUAUAUGAGAUGAUUAGGGACUAUUGGCAAGCAGCUAGUGAUCUUCAGAGGCUUAUAGCUCUCUUACUAAGCAAGAAAGAGAGCAAUCAAUCUUGUGAUAGAUCAACUAACUACGCAAAUGAUCUAAGACAAGCUCGUUUACGGCUUACUGCAAUAGAAGAAGAAGCCAGGAAGGACAUCCCCUUGGAUAUGUACCUUAUUCUAGGAGUUGAACCAUCUGCUUCUGCAUCAGACAUCAGAAAGGCUUAUCGGAAAGCUGCACUUCGACAUCAUCCUGACAAGGCGGGUCAAAGCUUGGUUAGAAAUGAUAAUGGGGAUGAUGGGCUUUGGAAGGAGAUUGGAGCAGAAGUUCACAAUGAUGCUGAUAGACUUUUUAAAAUGAUUGGAGAGGCAUAUGCUGUACUCUCAGAUCCUACCAAGCGUUCACGGUAUGAUCUUGAGGAAGAGAUGAGGAAUGCCCAAAAGAAACGCAAUGGAAGCAAUACAUCCAGAACAACCACUGAUGCUCAAAAUUAUCCAUAUGAGAGAAGCAGCAGUAGGCGACAGUGGAGAGAAGUGUGGAGGUCGUAUGCUAACUCACCCACCAAACGGUCAGAAGAUACUCGAUCAAAAAGAUUUUCAUGACAACUUUGUGCAAUAUGCAUGAUUAGAAUCUCAUGAUAAAAAACGGUGUAGUUGGAUGAGGAAUUUACUCAAUUAUCAGCAAUCUGCACAUUAUCCCAACCAAGAGAUGCUGUCGUGGGAAAUGAUUUCACCUACUGUCCAAGAGCUAGUGGCUAUGUGAAUAUUGAGAUACUAUGUCGGUGAAUGCCUGGCUGAGAAUUGUGGUUAUCUAACCAAAAAAAAUUUUGCUAACCAAAGAGUUUUGCCCACAAGGAUAUAAAAGAUGGUCGAAGAUUUGACACAGGAAUUGUAUUAUACUGAAAGAGGUUCUCCAUGGAAAAAAGAAAAGCUCUAAUCCAAGAUAUGAAAUAGAGGGAGGUCGGUAACUGUUUGAGCUAUGUAAAUUUAACAGUAAUCUAUGCAGGUGAAAUUUGACAGUGCAACCAGAAAGCUCAAUGGCCUCAGCAGUUUGUUACAUUGGCACGAAUAAAACUGAAGCCGGAAAACCAAAAAAAAAAAAAAAAAA